UCCCCACCCCGUCCAUCCGCAGGACCGCCCUUCUGCAACGCGAGUGGCAUUUAUGUGCACCUUUCUAUCACUCUGAUCUCUCAGCCAAAUUCAAAAAUCCUUAACUGUCCCGAGCCAGAUUCGCUUGGAGCCCGCGAGGGCUCCCGUGCUCCCCUUUUGGGGUGUGAGAUGGACUGUCCCUCUGUGAAGCUGGACAAAAACAGACCAAACAGGCUAGGGCGCUCCCCACCACGCCCGCCCCAACAGGGCUCGGCAGGAAUUCGCCUGCCGCUGCUUCUGAAGGGUGACAAGACCUUGGAGCCCUGACAGUGUCCUCGAGACUUUCCCACGCGACGAGAUGACGUCUGGCCAGACAGCUCCUGCUCAGGGACCCGUGGGUCCUUGCUUGUGCGCGGAGGGCGCCAGUAUUAGGCCAGUUCUUCCCCCUCCCCCCAUCCUCGCGCCAGCCACACCCUUUGUCCUCUGGGGCCGAGCGCACCCAGGUCUCCCGCUCUAGGCGCCGGGGCCCAGGGCGGGGUCCAGUUCUCUACUCGCUACUGCUUCUUUGGGGAAGUCCACGCCCUUGGCAGCCCCUCCCCAAAUCCUCUUCUUGGCGGGGCCUCCCCCUAGAGCCCGGCAGGUCUUGGGCACCACCUCCCCACCCCCCAUUUAAAGCCCUCCUCUCUCGUCUCUACUUCCCAGAGUUCUGCAAUCAAGACUUCCCUUGAAAUCGGUGGUAACAAUACAUUUAUAAGAAAAAGAAAGAGGGCCGAGAGAUUAGGAGGGGCUGCGGAUUAAGCCCCUUUUACGACUGCGAGCCUGAGGGCCCUAGUGGCGGGGGCGGACACUGUGUCUUGCUGAUAGAGGUGCUGUCCUCCCGCGGCGCCUGCGCUUGGCGGUCCCGCCCGGGGACCUCCCAGCGCCCCGGCUGGGUUUACUCAUCCCGGCGAGGUGAUCCCAGGCGCGAGGGCGGGCACAAGGCGUCCGGAGAACCCAGUAAUCCGAGAAUGCAGCAUCAGCCCUUCCCACCAGGCACUUCCUUCCUUUUCCCGAACGUCCAGGAGGGAGGGCCGCGCACUUAUAAACCAGGGCCCGGGCCCGCCGGCAUGUCAGAUGCUGCUUCGCCAGGGCUGCGCGCCGCGGCUGGACACGUCUGGGCUGGGACCAACGCAAACGGCUGUCGCCAGCGGCGCCCUGCGCCUCUCAGCCCCCGCCGGGCUUGGGCCCCGUCGCGGCGCUUGCGCUCUUCCCCGCGCCUGCACGCGGCGUGCCGGGACAGCAUGCUCCGGGUCCUGCUCCUCGGCGUGCUGGCCCCCGCGGGUCUGGGGCUCCCUGCGCCCCCAGAGCCUCAGCCACGCGGCAGCCAGUGCGUCGAGCACGACUGCUUCGAGCUCUUCCGGGGCCCCGCGACCUUCCUCGCCGCCAGCCAGGCCUGCGAGGGGUUGGGGGGCCACCUGAUGACCGUGCGCUCCUCAGUGGCGGCUGAUGUCAUCUCCCUGCUCCUGAGCGGCGACAGCGGCGACAGCCCGCGCCUCUGGAUCGGCCUGCAGCUCCAGGCCGGCUGCAGCGACCAGGGGCAACUCGGGCCCUUGCGCGGCUUCCAGUGGGUUACCGGCGACGACCGCACCAGCUACAGCAGGUGGGCGCGGCUCCACGUCGACCCGGCGCCACUCUGCGGUCCCCUGUGCGUCGCAGUCUCGGAAGCCGGGGCCCUAGCACCCGGCGAGCCGGCCUGGGAGGAGCAGCAGUGCACUGCAGAGGCCGAUGGUUUCCUCUGCGAGUUCCACUUCGCAGCCUCCUGCAGACCCCUGCUGGUGGAGUCUGGCGCCGUGGCGGCCGCCGGUGUAACCAUCACCUAUAGCACCCCGUUCGGGGCCCGCGGCGCGGACUUCCAGGCGCUGCCGGUGGGUAGCUCCGCCGCUGUAGCGCCCUUGGGAGUGGAGCUGGUGUGCGCGGAGCUGCCAGGAGAGGCCGAGGGGCGCUGGGACCGGGAUGCGCCUGGCGCCUGGGACUGCAGCGUGGAGAACGGCGGCUGCCAGCACACUUGCAACGCGAGCGCCGAGACGUCGCACUGCCUCUGCCCCGCGGACGCCUACCUGCAGGAAGACGGGCGCUUCUGCGUCGCAUUAGCGGAUCACUUGUGCCACAAACUCUGCGAGCAUUUUUGCAUUCCCAACAGCUACGUGCCCGGCUCCUACUCGUGCAUGUGCGAGACGGGCUACCGGUUGGCUGCCGACCAGCACCGGUGCGAGGACGUGGACGACUGUAUCCAAGUGCCCAGUCCGUGCCCGCAGCGAUGUGUUAAUACGCGGGGCGCCUUCGAAUGCCUCUGCAACUCUGGCUUCGAGCUGGUAGACAACGAGUGCGUGGAGUCAGUGGACCCGUGCUUCGGGAGUAAGUGCGAGUACCAGUGCCAGCCCGUGGGUCAAACUGACUUUCGCUGCAUCUGCGCCGAGGGCUUCGCACCCAGCCCUCACGACCCACACAGGUGCCAGAUGUUCUGCAACCAGACUGCAUGCCCAGCUGACUGCGAUCCCAACAGCCCAACUUCCUGCCAGUGCCCCGAGGGCUACAUUCUGGACGACGGCUUCAUAUGCACGGACAUCGACGAGUGUGAAAAUGGAGACUGCCCCGAGGCCUGCCGCAACCUCCCAGGCACCUACGAGUGCAUCUACGGGCCUGACUCGCCCUUCGCCGGCCAGGAUGCCACCGACUGUGACCCCAAGUUGAUCAUUGACGGCGACGGCGACAGCGGCUCUGGGGAGCCCCCAGUCACCCCGACUCCGGGGGCCACCUCGGGCCCCCCACCUGUAGGGCCCUUGCAUUCUGGAGUGCUCAUCGGCAUCUCCAUCGCCAGCCUGUCUCUGGUCGUGGCGCUUUUGGCGCUCCUGUGUCAUCUGCGCAAGAAGCAAGGCGCCACCAGGGCGGAGUUGGAGUACAAGUGUGGCGCCCCAGCCAAGGAGGUGGUGCUGCAGCACGUGCGAACCGAGCAGAUGCCUCAGAAACUCUGAGAGGCCUCCUCCCUGGCCCCUGCUGUUGGCUGGGCCUUCCCUCCCUCCUGUGCCUCUCCCCCUCCCCCAACCUUACUCCCUGGCCACCUAUUCCAAAGCACUUUAGCUGGCAUCAGAACUGGAGAAGAUCAGGCCGCCCUUCUUUUGCUGAUUCCACACUUGGCUGGGGAGUGGGGGUUGGAAGGAGUAUGCGCCCCAGCCACUUCCAUGACAUCAUCGGACAACUAGGCAGAGAUGGCAAUUUAUAGCGAAGACACAGACUACAGAGUGUCCCAUGACCUCACCAAGGGGCAUGAGAGGGGUGGGCCUCCUUGGCUGGAAGCCUUUGGGUCAGACUUUUGAUCCCGUGGACUAGUGAGUGUAAUCAAGGUGUGCAUAAUGACCAAGAUAUUUAUUUUUUAAGUAUUUAGGAUGGCUUUUUUUUCUUUGCUUUUGCUUCUCCCCCCCACCUGUAUAUCUCCAGUACCCACUUUGUAUCCCUCCCUCCCUCCCUCCCCUUCCCUAUCUGUAUAUUUAUAUAUUUCUACUCUUCAGGUUGCAGUUAAACCAUCUUGGUGGUUUUCCCAGCACUCUCACAUUGCUGAAGCCAGGCCCCAGUUACCUUCGUUGUUCCUCCCAAUUUUCCCCUCCUUGGAGCUCAGCCAACCCACCUGGAAUGUCCCUACCUGGCCACCCUCCUUCUGUUCUUCCAUGUCUGCCUGGGCAAAGCUCCUAUGUGAAAUAGAAUCAAAAACACUACAAUCAAGGUUGGUUGGGAAUUUAUUUGCUCUUGAACCAGGCUUGCUAAUUUAUCCUGAAAUUUCAGCUUCCAGAGUAAUAGCAUUUUAACAAAAGUUAAGAUGUGAGAGGCAUUCAUUGAACUAAUGUUGCUGGACUGUCAUAGAAAUUCAACCCAAGGAGUUUUUUUAUUUCUAUUUUUUAAACAAUGAGCCUGGGUUUUAUUGUUGUCAUUUUCGUUUGAACUGAAAGAUCUUUAUUGUUGUUAAGCUUCUUAUGCCUGUUUCUUUUUCCCAUUAUUAUAAUUAUUGUUGUUGUUAUAACUGGUUAUUUUUGAUAAUGUUGAAAAUGUUCUCAUGAUUGCUCUAGAUUGAGACAGGAAUGAAGUUCCUCCCAGGGGACAGUUUAAGAAAGUUCUGAGCUGCACAAUUCAUGCCAGUUACCAUUUUGAAUCUUACUCUUCUUGUAAUGUGUGCUCCAAAAUAAAACCAGUUCUGCUGGGUCUUGGGGGAUUUGGGAACUUGGGGAUGAAGCCUGGAGGAUGCCCAAUUAGGGCCUCACCUUGAUUAGGCCAAUGGGAAUUUCUCCCACUUCAGAGGGGCCCUCCACCCCUGGCCACUUAGAACAUGAUCCCUGCACAAGAAGUGGGAGCUGCCCCUGGCAGCCAGUUAGAAAUGCAGAAACUCCGGCUGCACAAGAAUCUAUAUUUUAACAAGAUCUGCAGGGGUCUGCCCAGUAUAGCUUGAGAAGAACUGUUUCAAACAGCUUCCAACUUUCUGGAAUACAUUAAAUAUGGAUCAGUUAUAAGCAGCAGGCCAAGUCCAGGCCUAUAUUCUCAAGAAACUGAGGAAUUUUCUAUUUAUAGCUUUGCUUUCUGAUAGAAAAGACUAGGUACACACCUUUAGACAUUGCUACACAGGGUUGUUGGUUCAACUAAGCUAGGAAUGAAUCGUAUUUCACUGUAUGGGAAAAUGUAUCAUACAAGAGUAUCUUUUGUAAAACAAAUGUUUUCCUCUAUUUUGUAAACUCAGCACAUUUGUACAUAGUUAUUUAUUUAUUGGAGAUAAACUAGAACACAGGCAAAACUCUUGCUUAUGACAUCACAUGUAGAAAAUAAACAAAUAACAGAGUG